GUCCAUGAAGUACUCAGAGAUGAUGAUGGAGGCUCCUCCUCCUGUUGACACAGAGCACGAGGCUCCUCCCCCUCUGGAGGUGUCGUCCAAUCAGAUCCAGCCUCUACUGGAGCCUGCAGCCACCUCCUCCCCUCUGCAGGAGAACCCGGGCCUGGACCCAGAGCCGGACUCCGGUCCGAUGCUGUACCUCUCAGAGAGUCUGCAGGAGUCCCCCGGAGCUGCAGACCCGACACCCCGUCCGGACCAAGUCCUUCCAACAGAACCUCUUCCAGACCCAGACCCGGUACUGGAGCCCAGCAAACCGAAGCGGGACAAGCUGACCCGGCUGAAGGAGCUGGGACUGGACCCCCCACCUGUUGCUAAGCUGUGUCCAGAUGACGGAGCRUUCGUGCAGCUCGAGGCUCCGCAGACCAACCCCGGUGUGGAGGCCCUGAAGCAGCGCUACCUGCGCCACCUGCACACACCUGGACGUCCUGCAGCAGAGCGCACCCUGCAGCUCACCGUCGUCCGCAAAGACAGCGCCCCCUCUGGACAGGAGGAGCUGCGCUCCGAGUCCCUCGCCGUCACCAUUAAAGAGGGUCCCGAGGAGUCCGGAGCCACCAAACCAGGAGAGAAGCUGCUGACCCUGAAGCAGCGCCUGCAGCUCGCCAUGGCCCAGCGCAGGAAGGAGGAGCGAGCCCGCAGGGCUGAGCUGCAUCGUCUGGACAACGAAGACUGCGACGAGGAGGAGGAGGAGGAGGAGGAGAUGACGGACGAGUCUGAAGAAGAGGAGGGUGUGGAGGAUUUACUGGGGGGAGGUGAGGAAGAGGAGGUGAAGGAGGAAGAGGAGGGCGUGGCUCAGAGAGUCAGGAGUCCUCCGUCUGCGGUGCAGAACCCGGACCUGGUUAACACAGACGGGACCCUGAUCCUGUUUCCUGGCAGCUCCUGUUCCCGUACAGG